UUUUUAGACUAACUGAAUGUUGUAGAACAGGAUAAGCAACUGCGGUUAUUGAUUUUUGAAAAAUUUUAUUUUUCGACCCUACUUUGUGUCACCCUAGUGCCCAGUGGUUAAAGCGGCACUGCUGCCAGUCAUCAUUGGCGCCAUGGAUUGCAGCAUCUAAGAGGGAAAAACUUGCUGUAAGGACAACAAAAAUGAAGAAGUUUCGUACAUUUGAGGACGAUCAAGUCAGUUUUGAGGAUAACAGCAAAAAAUCUGCAUUAAAAAAAAAAGUAUUUAUAAUUCUAUUAUCUCUAAUUGUAGUGGUUUUUUCCUUUGUUCUUGGUUACAUAACUCGUAGAGCAACCUUUGCUUGUGACAACAAAAAGGCUUCAAAAAAUGAAGAUCAUAGAGAAAAAAUUUAUCAAGACAUUGUCUCAUUAAUUGAUACCAACAAAAUUAAAGAGAAUUUAAGAUUUUAUGCUGGAAUGCCCCAUUUGGCAUCAUUUGAACGAAACAAUUUGCUUGGUGAAGAUAUAUAUAACCGAUUUAUUAUGAAUGGAUUUAAAGCAGAAAAAGUGUCUUAUGAUGUUUUGCUUUCAUUACCUUCUUCUCAAAAAGUAAAUGUUGUAUCAAUUUAUAAUUUAAAUGGAACGCUUCUUUUUAAAACUAAUGUCUUCAAUGAAAAUCUGACUGGUAUUGUACCUCCAUUUAAUGCUUACUCACCAAAAGGAAAUGUUGAGGGCGAACCAAUUUAUUUGAACUAUGGUAGAGUAGAAGAUUUUGAAAAAUUAAAAGAUUUUGGUGUAAAUUGUUCUGGUAAAAUUGUAAUUGUGCGGUAUGGUAAAAACGCAAGAGGAAGCAAGGUUGAGUUAGCAGAGAAAUAUGGAGCAGUUGGAGUUGUAAUAUAUAGUGACCCAGAAGAUUCUGGUCCGGUUAAUGAUGAUGAAUUAUUUCCUAAAAGUAAAUGGUUGCCACGUAAUGGUGUCCAGAGAGGAACAAUAAAAUAUAGCUAUGGUGAUCCAUUAACUGAUGGUUAUCCAGCUAAAGAUUGGGUCUACCGGCUGGAACCUGAAAAUGCUGGUUUGCCAAAAAUACCAACACAGCCCAUUUCAGCAUAUGAUGCAUUAAAUAUUAUGAAGGAAAUGGAUGGUGUUAUUGUACCUAAGGAUUGGAGAGGAAAGCUUAAUAUUACAGAUUACAGAUUGACUGGUUCAAAAAUAGUAAAGAUUGAGGUUUAUAACGAAAAUGUUAUUCGCACAAUAACAAACAUUAUUGGUACCAUUGAAGGAAGUGUAGAACCAGAUCGGUAUGUCAUGUUGGGUAACCAUAGAGAUGCUUGGGCAUUUGGGGCAGUUGAUUCUUCAAGUGGAACCUCUAUUAUGAUGGAAAUGGCUAGAGUUAUUGGUGAAAUGUUAAAAAAAGGUUGGUUGCCAAGGAGAACAAUAAAACUGAUGUCAUGGGACGGAGAAGAACACGGGUUGCUAGGUUCUAAUGAAUAUGUAGAAGAAUUUUUGCAUGAUCUACGUAACCAUGGUGUUGCUUACUUGAACCUUGAUCCUGCAAUAUUUGGAAAUGAAAGCUUAUUAGCCAUUGGAAGUGGAUUAGUUAGAGAUGUCAUUUGGGAAUCUGCAAAGAAAGUUGCUUAUCCUGACAGUACACAAACUGUUUAUGAGAGGAUGCUAAAUUUCAACCCAGAUGAAGAAAAAAAAUUGCCAAAGUUUGGAGGGCUUACUUCUGCAAGUGACUAUACACCUUUUUAUUGUUUGGCUGGUGUAACAAGUGCAAAUUUUAAGUUUGGGUCUGGGGAGACUUUUACUACUUAUCACACUGAGUACGACACUCUGGAAUGGAUUGAGAAUUAUGCCGAUCCAGGCUAUAAAGCUCAUUUAGCUUAUUCUCAAGUAUUAACACAUAUAUUGUUGAGAAUCUCAGAUUUACCUUUGAUUCCUUUUGAUGCUGUAGUGCUAAGUGAAAUUUUAAAAGAAAAAUCAUCAAAAUUAAUCACAGAUAUUGUCCAAAAAGAUUCUACCUUUAAUACUUCUCACCUACUAAAUGCUGUAAAUAAAUUUGAAGCGUCAUCAAUCAAGCUUAAAAUGCUUUUAAAAGACAAACAUCAAAGUACAAAUGUAGACCAAAGUCAGCUUUCACUGCGAAUAGUGAAUGAUGUCAUCAUGCAAAUUGAAAAGUUGUUUUUGAGAGAUAAUGGUUUGCCAGGGAGAGAAAAAAUAAAAAACUAUAUCGCCGCACCAGCUGCUACUAAUAAAUACGGUUCCUCUAUGUUUCCUUCUAUACUGGACUCAUUGUAUCAGAUAAAAUUUCCUCAUUCCGCGAAUUAUACAAAAGAGUGGAAUGUUGUUAAGAAAGAAGUAUCAUUAGUAACCCUGACGAUUGAAGCAUGCGCUAAUUGGGUUGAACGUGGGGUGCAUAUUUUAUCUCAGACCAAGCAAUCAUUUGGUUAAAAUUUUUAUAAUAUAUAAAAUCAAAUUUUAUUUUUUGUUAUAGACAUUCAUAAAUUAUAUUUUUUUUAAUCUCUUAACUUCUCUCAUAUAUAUA